GUGUUUUUGACAAAAACAUCUCAAUUCGUCUGACCCCUUUCUAAAAGUUACAAGUUACAAGGUUACAGCUUAGAAUUCACGUCCACGCAUCUGAAAGACAGUUAAUUGGUGGCUUCAUCAAAAAUAUAUAUCUACCUACCUAGGUGUACAACUCCCUCCACCGCUCUAUUGUCCGGCGCUUCCGCCCCUCUGUUUCCGGCCGUGCCCGAUUUUAUUUCCUAGCCAAUUUGCCUCCCAAACUAGCUACAAAUAUCGAAUCAUUCCAUACUACAGUUCAUAAAUAAAACCUUCCACGAUUCGCGUUCUUUAAUUAUAUACGCAUACCAUUCGAUACAAUCGCUAAUCAUGUCUCCUUCUCGAACGCUUCCUACUCUCACUCAGGCUGAGGUCGCCUCUCAUGAUUCUGCAGAGAGUUGCUAUGUCACAAUGAGUACAAGGGUCUUUGAUGUUACAGAUUUCCUCGACAGCCAUCCGGGCGGAGGUGAAUUGAUAUUAGAGUACGCCGGCAAGGACGUGACGGAUAUAUUGAAGGAUGAGCUCUCGCAUACUCAUUCUGAAGCCGCUUAUGAGGUUCUCGAGGAUUCUUUCAUUGGAUUCGUUGCUACAAACAAGGUCAUCGAUACAGCUACCAAAAGUACAAAACCAGAUACCAUCGUUCCACUCCCGCCAGCCAAGGAAGGCCUAAAGGAAUUGAAAGAGAAUGGAUCCGCAAACUCUCUGCCAGUUUAUGCUAGUACUGGCAUGUCAACGGAAGAAGACUUGAAUAAAGAGACGGAUCUCGUGGACGAUUAUAAAACACACAAAUUCCUUGACCUGAACAAACCAUUGUUGAUGCAAAUUUGGUGUGGUGGGUUCAGCAAAGAAUUUUAUCUUGAGCAGGUCCACCGACCUCGUCAUUACAAGGGAGGAGAAUCAGCACCUUUAUUCGGGAACUUCCUCGAGCCUCUAUCGAAGACAGCUUGGUGGGUUGUGCCCGUGGUUUGGGUCCCACCAGUGGCUUAUGGUACAUAUCUUGCCAGCGAAGGAUUCAAUAACAUCGCUGGAGAAGCAGCAUACUGGUUUCUUGGUCUUUUCCUUUGGACCUUGGUCGAAUAUAUUUUGCAUCGAUUCCUCUUCCAUCUCGAUAAGUAUGGAUACUCCCUUCAUAAACUCAGGGCAAUGGACCAUCACGCUGACUUACAUCUCUAGAUGGCUUCCAGACAAUCGAGUAGGAAUUACUCUUCAUUUCUUACUCCAUGGUAUCCAUCACUAUUUACCAAUGGACAAAUACCGAUUAGUUAUGCCGCCCACUCUCUUCAUCGUUUUAGCGACUCCUUUCUGGAAACUCGCUCACGCCGUCUUUUACUGGGACUGGUAUGUGGCUACAGCUGUUUUCUGCGGAGGAAUCUUCGGAUACAUCUGUUAUGAUUUGACUCAUUACUUUCUUCAUCAUCGCACAUUACCUUCUUACUGGAGGCAAUUGAAGAAAUAUCAUCUUCAACAUCACUUCAUGGAUUAUGAAAACGGAUUCGGAGUUACAAGUCGAUUUUGGGAUUGUAUCUUCGGAACUCAACUUGCACCUGCACCGAAGACCCUGUAAAGUGGAGAUGAUUAUGAAUUUGUAAAUGAUGUGACCAAGCUAGGAAAUAACGGUAUGUUUUAAAAUGAUUUCACGAUAUAGAUAUAUCAAAGGCAUUCUGGUCUUGGUGUCUCAUGGACGAGGCUGGGCAGAGGAAGCAGGCCGGCCGCUUUUGGAGAAAUUGUAGUUUCGUAGCCUUUUUAAUACUCUAAUGUACACCUUACUUUCGAUAAAGAGAACAAAUCAUAAAUACCUAUAAUUGACGAGUAGUAAUAAAAUUCUUAUAUAAUUCAGCUCGAGAAUUGAUUAUG